ACUCCAGCCACAGCAGCUCCGCGCAGACCGAGCAGACUCCCGUUCGUCUUCUCGGACUUUGCAUCGAUUUUAGUAAGGGCACUGUGAUCAGAAAUCUCGCUGCUGGACGUGUAGAAACGACUUUUUAUUAUUAUUAUAAUUAUUAGCCACGUUUUGGCUCCUAAGUGGACUUUUACGCACGUACGGUGCCAACUGGACGGACUGUCGCAGAACGACUUGUGGCGAUCGUUUGAGGAGCCAUGUUUUCCAAAGCCACUGCUAAAUUCGUCCGCCAGAUUGAUCCCGAAGGAAGCCUCAUUCACGUGUCCCGACUGAAUGACUCCCACAAACUUGUUCCGAUGUCACUGGUGGUCAAGCGCAACCGCUUCUGGUUCUGGCAGAAGCCCAAAUACCAACCGACAGAUUUUAAACUCAGUGACUUGCUGCAGGGGGAUAAGGCGCUCAGUCCUGUUGUUUCCGAGACAGAAUUUCUGACCUACCAGGGGACGUAUGGGGACAAGCUCAGUGGAAAGUUGGACACAGAGGUUGGUGUUGCCAGCGUGACAGUGGAGGGGCAGGGCUCAUCUAAGCUCCAUUCAUCAUUUGGAAAGCUGAAGAAAGAGGAACUAGAAGUGAAGAAGCUGCUUCUGGACUCUAAAGAUAGGUUGGUGGACAUGGGUCAUGUCCUGGUGCAACAGCUUGAGAAACGAGCUGACAUCCUGGCGGUGGUGAAGGAACGGAUAAUCACCACCAUCCCCUGCUCCGUCACCGAAACAAAGCAGGACCAGUGUUCCCUUCAGGGGGUGCUGGCACUAGUGGGAACGCUGGGAAGCACUGUUAAGGUGUGUUUGAGGGACAGUAAUGACAUGCACAUGGACUCUGAUGUUUCUUUGGAGAUCCCGCCCGGCACCGUCAUUGCUUACAGCAUCCUGGAGCUGGAGAUUAAGAAAGAUGGGCAUUAUGAUUUAUGCCUGCAGCCUGGUGCUAUAGGUGGUUUUGAGGGAGACUCAGGAACAUCUUCGCCAUCCUAUGAUGCCUUUAACUAUGUCCAUCAGGUGGAUGGACUUGAGUGGAAUGAGCAGGAGCUUCCGGAAAAAAUCUCAUUAAAGGCACUGCAAAAUGUUGCAGAGUCGCCGGAGAUGGAUCUGUCUCUUCUGGCAGAGCUUCCCGAGUCCACUCGGUCUGAUUUGUUCCAGAAACUCAAAGAGACUAUGAGAGACCGAGUGACUCUGUCUUAUGUUGAAUAUGAGCUGGAGGAGUGGUGCAGGGGCAAAGCGUUUGAUAUGACAAACCAGGAGGACCUGUCGGUGAGUCAGAAAACAACAGCAUCUGCCGUGUUGGACCUACUCCAUCCCAUCGCAAACAGUGACAAUGAAAAGGGCGAAUCUGGUGUCCCUGCAUACCUGUUCUCAGCUCAUCUGCUGGUCAGCGCUUUGGAAGAACUGCCUGAUGAAAGUCUGAGCCUCCUUAGUGAGAGUUGUCCUGAGUUUCUCGAAGCUGUUGACACACUGAGGUGCAGGUUGGAGGACAAGGACUUGGAUCUCUCCAUCCACUCUCUUCCAGUCAUGCUGCAGGAUGACCGCAACUUUGAACUGGCAAAUCAGCUUCUGAGCACCACUAAUGUGAUGCUAAGACGGGAGACUGACAGGCUGUGGGUGGAGAAAGGAGAUAAACCAGGGGUUCCUGCAUUGGUCCUCUACAUCAGCAUCCAUGGACUGUCCAUACUGUGUUGUGGACAGAAGCAGUAAUGGCGUCUGGCAAAUAUAUAAAUUUGAAAUGUAUUACUUUUUGAUUAUUUCUUUAUUGAAGUAUUCAUUACAUUUGAGUUUAUUUCAUACUGUAUGUUUACAUCACAGCCAUUGAUUAUUUUAUUGUUUUUAUUACGUGACAAUACAGAUUAUCCUCUUUAAUCAAAAAUAUUUAAAGCUAGCAUCUCAGUAUAUUUUUGUAAAGAAAAAAAUUAUGUAAUCAAUUGUAAUACUGUGAUCCAACUUUGAUUUGAUUCAGAAGUGUGGUCAACGGUUUUGUUGCUUAUGAACCGUUGAAAACUUUAGUACUUAUGAGCCUCUAUUUUAGAAAAUGUAUUUCUUUCAGAAAAAGCUCUAAAUAUUCAAAAGUUUGCUUUUAUCACAUUAAAAUAUUAAAUGUAUGUAGUGUAUAAGCUGAAUAGUCCAUGAUGGUUAAGAUGAUUUAACUGAACUCAGUGUUAAGCUGCAGACGAGACGAAUCAGUUUUGAUUUGUUUGUGCAUCAAUGGUUCCGGUUAUGUUGGUCAAUCAUCUAUUUUUUAAACAGUGUAUCUGUAAAAGUGUCAGGAUUCUAAGCAAAUUCUGACAUGUAUUACAGCAGAAUUUGUUUGCAGACUUUAGAUUUCUUUCUUGAUAAAUAUUAAGAAAAAUUGCUGAAGUGAAUGUGACAUGCAGAUGAACGGGCAUGAUUUUUCUGAUAUGUUCUGUAUGGGACUCUUGCAUAUUAGAAGGCCGAAAAACAUUCCUAUUGGCAUGUUUACAUAUUUAAGCUAAUCAAAAUGUAGUAAUUAAAUGAGGCUAUAGUAUAUGAAUGUAUAACAUUUUUUGCAACCGCAUGCUCAAACAUACAGGUUUAUUCUGUUUAGAGGACUUUCUACUACGAUUGUAUUUGGCUCAAUAUUAUAUAUACAGUAUUUAUCAUUCCCAAAAGUACUAAAAACAUUUCCACCCAACUGCAGUAUUGAUAUGUGGAAUGUAUAUUUUUACACGAGAUUUUUAAGAAACUUUCACAUUACUUUUCCUGUUCAUUCAUGUGUAUUAUUGAAAAUCAUUGUUUGGAAGUAUGUGUUUUGAUUUAUGUUAUGGUAUUCUAUGUUUUUGUAAAAUCUAAGUAUCCUUCUUUAUGUAGUUCCUCCCUGACUUUCAAUGGUGCAAGUAGGUUUUAUUGCCCACAUAGAACGGUCUAUCCACCAC